UUUAUCGCGAAUGGGCGUGUUUAUUUCCAAUUCUUCGUCAAUGCUAAUCACUCCCUUCCACUCUUUCAUUUACAUGUGUUUAUUCACCUUUAUUCCUAAAUCCAUCGAGUUCAUUUUACAGGUUAUGUUUUGCAAUUAGUCAACAAAUUAAAUGGAAGACGUCGCAAUUAAUUAUCAUACUUUGUUUUCAUCACGAUACGUCACAAUACAGCUUUUUCCAUUGCUAAACCUUUUUUUUUUUUUCAAUAUAUCUUCUGUGAUUGCGAAGGAGAGCAAAAUAUCUGAGGCUCUGAUAAGCUUUUUAUUCUUAAAACAAUUGAAAGAAUUAUCUUUGGUAGUUUUUUAUCCUUUAUUACUAUAAGUUCAAAUAUUCUGCUUUGUAAUACUUGAUAAUAAUACACCAAUCAAAAUUAACAUUUUCAAAAUCAGAUUCAUUUUCAUCAUUAUAAUUCUAAUUUAAAACGAUUUUAAUUAUAUCAUGUAUUUGAUGAACAAAAUUUGAGAUAUGGAAUAUUGAAUGACAAUCAAUAGAUAAACAAUAAAUGGAAUUUUAAAAAAUUCACGGUCUAGAAGCAAGAUUUUAUGACCGAGCAUUUUGAUGGAAGUAUUUCCGCAGUAACCAUCACAGCUUUCCAUUUUUUACCUGCAAAUUAAAAAAAAAGCUGAUUCAUUCUCAAGUGAAAGAAAAAAAUCUGAAUUUUGCAAAAUGGCAUAUGCUUUGCUUGAUAAAUCAUUUGGAGAUUUUGAAAAAUCUAUUUUUUCCACCGAUAUUAAGAAGCUCCUAGAUGCAAUGUUAAUUCAUAUAAAAUCAUUGUAUCAAUGCCAAUACAGCAACAAGUAGUAAGUGAUAUAGAACCUCAAAGCGGCAGCUUGGAGCACCUGGUGCCGCCAUUCAGACUGACCGAGUCAGCAAAUGGAACUAACGGCUUCAUGCUGGUUGGGGACUCUGGUGAAACCGAGAGCCUCAGUCAUCAUCUCAGAGUUCGUGCUACACUCUUCGACAUAUUGAGUAGCAGCAGCUCGGCGGAUCAUCCUCUGUGCGAUGAGUGCACUGACAGUCUUUUAAUGCUGAUGGAUCAACAGUUAAGGAUGACGGAAGGCGAGUGGUCUGAUUACAACGAGUAUCUGAAGAAAUUGGAGCUCGAGCAACAGCAACAAAAUCACGAGGGUCUCGAGAUGGAUACUCUCGCUAAAGAAUUGGAAGACGUCAAAGCUGAAGAAGAUCGUAUGAUAAGAGAACUCGAAGCAUUAAGGAAAGAAGAAGAAGCCACCAAAAAUGCGAUUAAUCAGCAACAAACGGAGAGAGAAAGAUUAAAGAGCGAAGAAGAAAGAUAUUGGAGAGAAUAUUCAAGACAUAGAAGAGAUUUGAUUAUGGCUGAAGAUGAAUGUCGCAGCCUGGAAUGCCAAUUGGCCUAUGCAGCUUCGCAGCUGGAGAGACUGAAAAAAACAAAUGUAUUUAACGCGACAUUUCACAUAUGGCACAUGGGUCAUUUUGGGACGAUAAAUUCGUUGCGAUUGGGCCGUCUACCGAGUGCGCCGGUGGAUUGGAGUGAAAUAAAUGCGGCAUGGGGCCAAACGGCCCUUCUACUUACGGCUCUAGCGCGCAAAAUGAAUUUUCGUUUUCAACGCUUUCAAGUGGUGCCUUACGGGAAUCACAGUUAUAUCGAGGUCAUCGGACAACAUCGUGAAUUGCCAUUGUACGGUAGCGGCGGUUUCAAAUUUUUGUGGGAUACGAAAUUCGACGCAGGCAUGGUUGCUUUUCUCGAUUGUCUCCAACAGUUCAAAGAACAAGUGGAAAAAGGAGACAGCAGCUUUUCUUUGCCGUACAAAAUGGAUCGUGGCAAGAUCGAAGAUUCGGCGACUGGAAAUUCUUAUUCAAUCAAAAUACAGUUCAAUUCCGAGGAACAGUGGACCAAAGCCCUCAAAUUUUUACUGACCAAUUUGAAGUGGGGCCUCGCCUGGGUGAGCUCUCAAUUCACUAAGGAUGACAACGAUCACUGAACCAUCUUCGGUUAUUUUCUUCUUUUAUUUUCCUUGACGCCUAAUUUAUCAAUUACGUCUGUCUACCCCGUCUCUUUCUCCUUCCUUAGCUCUUUCUCUCACUCGUGUAAAUACCUUAUUCCCUUUUCCCGUUUGUAAAUAAAAACGAAAGAAUUCGUGAAA